CCCCCGGCCCCCGGGCCCCCCAGUCCUACGGGUGUGGUCGGACCGGCGUCCACCCAUGCUGGCUAACACAUUCCGGCACACCGCGGGGAAGCCACGCGCGGGCAUUGUUCUCACCGCCCAAUGCGUUCCAAUGCGUCCAAUGCGUCCAAUCGCGCAACCGCGAGAUAUCUGUUAUCGUCCCCACUCCCCACUCCCCACGUCCCCAACUGCGGCCCCACAAGAGUGAGAGGAUGGCGGCAGGCUGCUGGGAGUUGAGAUGACUGGCGGCUGGAUCACUGGCGACUGGCGACGCGGGGAAUGCCUGUACGCGUGCUUGUUAUCUGGGACGGCCCGAUUCGCUGUCGCUGUUGCUGGCAGCUGGCCGAUCAGCGAUUCCGUUUGGCCAUCCAGUGGGCAGCGAUCAGCCGCAGUCAGGCUCCCAGUCACUCUCAGUCACUCUCAGUCACUCUCAGUCGCCGCCAUCGCGCCAUCGCGCCAUCGCGCCAGUCGGAUGGUCAGGCUAAUCGUAAUCUAUGGAUCAGCAGGAACGGGGAGAUCGCUGGGUUCUGGGUUCUGGGUUCUGGCUUCUGGGUACUGGACGUAUCAUGUUUGUUGGUUUGAUCAUCUCGAGUCAUUCAUUGUCAAGUAGUCAUUAAUGCGAGCAAUUGAACCAUUAUGAUCGUCUGACGGAUCACAGAGGCUGUGUCUAUGUGUAUGGCAUGUAUGGGGAUCCCCAUGUGGCCAUAUGAGCAUAU